GUUGAGCUGGGAACAGUAUGGCGGCCUCACAGAGAGUCAGAAGCUUCUCCGUCAAGUCUUGGGAGAACAGAGACUCGGAGGAGGAAGAAAGAGACAGAGAGACGAUGUUCCAAGCGUUUCACGGGACAGCGAGAGAGAGGACCGUGCUACAGCGGCUGAUCCUGAUUGCUCGGCUCCCCCGCGAUCUUGCCGACGGGACAGCACUGGGAGCUCAUUAUGAAAACCUCAUCUUUCAGCUAAACAAACAGUACAUAUGGGAUCAUAUGACGGGCCUGCUGUUAAUUUAUCCAUCCUGUCUGCUGCAUAUCAUUGAAUCAUCCAGGGAUGCUCUGGUUUCUGUUUUGAAAGACCUCAAAGACGUGCAACUACAGACGGACUGUGCCCUGCUGGAGACUCCAAAGAUUGUGUUCAUGGCACAUGAUCCUCAAAGCAGGAUGUUCCAACAGUGGAGCUACAAGGCGCUGGAUGCAGAUCAGGUGGCUGGAGACCCUCGGGCUAAGGGACUUGAGGAAGAAGAAGAGAGCACGGAGAGUCUGGUUUGCAGUGUCCUGUCAGCACUGCGGAAUCUGGGCGAGCAGCUCAAAAUAUCUCAGAAGGCUCUCCCUGGAUCAGUGCUGGACGAGACCCCAGAGCUGAUCGUCUCUCAGGAGGUUCUAGAAAAGCUGUUGGCUCGAGAUGAGCUCCAGAGUCCACAACUGUACCUACAGAUGUACAACUCCCCCCUAAACAUCAGCAUGGACUUUGGACAAGUUAUUCGAAGCAGCUGCCUCACCACAGUUUAACUUUUUGGACUAAAGGUCAAAGGGCUGACGUCUAGCUGUUCACAGGAUUUCUCACACCGCACGGCUGCUUGUCGUCAAAGAGAUCUGCAUGCCAGGCGCAUUCCGGCGCUGUCAAAGUGAGCCCCUUACUUUUGAUUUACCUUGCAAUUCCAAACUGUGAUCACAUGUUUUAUGUCUCUGCAGAAUGUGUUUGGCCUUCGCCGAAGCACCUUGGAUGUGACUGAAGGCUUCCUAGCAGAGAGAAAUCACUGUGAUCCAACCAGACACUUUUAUACCCACAUUUAACCUACUGCAGCACUUUUCUGGCUUCUAUUUGUGUCACUUGUUUGGUCCAGAAAUAUUUCUUUCUGUUCCAAAUGCUUUCAUGCAUAAAAGUUAUUCUGUGAAAAGUAAUUCAACGCAGUUUUCAAUGUUGAUCACUCAUAAGAAAGGCACAGAAAAUCCAAGUAAUAUAAAAACAUUUUUAAUAGUUUCAACAUUCGGAUGAAGAUGAUCUUUUU